AUGGUGGCAAUCAAUACUGUGAAGAUAGAGGACGGGACAGUCUCCUGUGAGACCCCCGAGGGAACAGUGAAAAAUAUCAACAUUAACCAGAGGCCCUGCAUGGAGAGCCGGCUGGAUGCCAUUAAGAAUGUCAGAAUAGUCAGGAAAGAUGAACAAUGCAACCAGCCAGCCAGAACGUCCCCUUCUGGAGUAUAUCUAGGAGGUGGGGUCUCUCUUAUGAGCUUGGGUGUCUUCAGUCUCAUGCUGCAUAUUAUUUUUAUUGCGAUUCCUGUAGACCUUAAUAUCAGCUAUGCUGGGAUACACUUCUGGGUAGGAUUUCCGUUUUUUGUUGCUGGAGUAAUGCAUGUUGUGGCUUACAAAUAUCCUGAUGCAUUAUUGAGGCUCAUUUCCUUAAUUUCUCUGUUGGCCUGCAUGGCUGUGUCUAUUGCUGGCAUGGUCUUUGUUGUCACUGAGGUUUCUUCCGGAGGGAACAACAUGGAAUAUUUGUGUGAUAACCUCGGCCAAAGGCAAAACCGUGAUUACAAUCAAACGACACCUCUAAGAUACUACAACAGAUACUAUGACAGGGACUACGAUCUGAAGAGAUGCAAGAGGGGAUUUCAACAAUACCGGAACAUGCGGUUUGCCAUGGUCGUUAUGUCCUUGGUGAUGAUGAUCUGGGGCCUCUGUGCUUCCACUAUAACUCUGGGCUACAGAUUGAUGGUGAUUUUCAGGGCCCACAGACGGAAGAAAGAGAAAGCUGAUCCCCUGCUGUCACCAAACCCAACCCAAGACAUUAUUAUUGCUUUAAGAGGAGAAUGUGUCCUGCUUUUACAAAGGCUUAUUUCAUUUUUUAAGAGAGUAUAA